AUGUUCGCCAAUAAUGUGUCCAAAGAGAACUCUUGGAUGGUCUGCUCUGGGUCCGUUGAUCAGGUGCCUGGCCAUGAGCAAGUUUCCCGCCUUAGUCUGGAAAAGGUCAUGCAGCAUGAAUUCGUGGGCACUACCAAAGACGGCGGGUUGGCUCUCUGCCUAGCUGAUUUCGAGGGCCGCUCAGCGCCUCUGUUCUUACAGGAUUCGAACGGCCCGACCAUGCUAACAGCGGCCGGGCCCCCCUUGAGUCGAUCUGAGCGGGCCAAGCCGCCAUAUAGCAACAGCGGCGUGGCAGCUCCAGAGGGUGAGCCGGGAAUGCAUACCAACCAGCUCAGUGCAAGUUGCUAUUGUGGAGGGGUCGCCUUCCAGGUGACUCGUCCGAAUUCCGCCUCGACCGCAUGUUCCUCACCUUUUCCUGAUCUGCUCGUUCCUUAUCAUUCGUCAAGCUCAGAAAAUCCAACGGAUGUGAAAUGGUGGCUGCGAGCGAAUAAAUACCUUGCAGGGACUUGUGCGUGCAGGUCUUGCCGACUUGGUUCUGGAUCUCCCAUACAGGCCUGGGCGUUCAUUCCCAAGGCCAAUAUCAGCCAACGCGAUGGCAGCCCAAUUGAUUAUGGCAUCGGCACGCUGCAGGAGAUCGAGAGCUCAAAAGACUGCUUCCGGAACUUCUGCGGAACCUGCGGGGCAACUGUCUUCUGGCAUUCUCGGACGAGACCAGAUCUGGUGGAUGUAAGUGUGGGAUUGUUGCGAGCUGAAGAGGGCUCACGAGCAGAGAACUGGCUUCAAUGGUGGACAGAAAGAGUCAGCUUUCAGGAGGAUGCUCUGGACACAGUCCUGAUUGAUAACCUCCAGCGAGGACUGAGCAGGAUCCACUCGAAUGGCUAA